UUAAUUUUGUCUAAAUCCAAAAAUCUUUCUUUCUCCUCAUUUGCUUCAAUCGUGUUUAAAACUCCUGAAAGAAAAAAUUCUCUCAAUUUUUUAAAUCCCUUCGUACGACCAGUGGGACGAGUGUUGCUUGCAUCGUCUGUUCUGUGGUGUGUGUGAGUGAAGAAGAAGAAGAAGAGAUGUUGGGAGCUGGUGGGUUUCAGUUGACUAAGCUGCAUAAUAAAGCUCAGAGCGUCGUCAGAUCGAUUCACAGUCAAGAACGCGGGUCUGCAUUGGAGGAGUCGACAAUAACAAGUAAUGUAGAACGGUUUUUGGAGUCAGUCACACCAUCUGUGCCUGCUCACCACCACUAUCUCUCCAACAAGCUUAAUGGAAGUGAAAAGAGAGGCAGUGAUGUGGUUGAGUUGUUGCAGCCUCCUCCUCCUUACUUUGUUCUUGGAGAUGUAUGGGGAUCGUUUGCAGAGUGGAGUGCUUACGGCACUGGAGUUCCUCUCUCUUUGAAUAACAACAACUACAAGGAUCGUGUCAUCCAAUACUACGUUCCUUCUCUCUCCGCCAUCCAAAUCUACGCUCCUCCUUCUCAUACCUUUAGCUCUUCUCUUCAACCAAGGCGGGUAGGUGAGGAGAGCGACAGCAGCGAUUUCAAGGAUUCUAGCAGCGAAGGAAGCAGCAGCAGCGAAUCAGAAAGAGAUCCAAAAGAGCAGAUGAUCUCUACAGCUAGUAUGGACCAAAAGGAGCAUCCGGAAGACUCGUCCUCCAGUGAUGAUGAUGGCGACGAGCCUUUAAGAAGCUCUCAAGGCCGUUUGAUAUUUGAGUAUCUUGAACGUGAUCUUCCUUACAUCCGUGAACCCUUUGCCGACAAGAUGUCUGACCUGGCCUCUAGAUUUCCCCAGCUGAAGACGCUGAGAAGCUGUGAUUUACUACCCUCAAGCUGGUUUUCUGUGGCAUGGUACCCUAUUUACAAAAUACCCACAGGACCAACGGUCAAGGAUCUGGAUGCUUGUUUCUUGACGUAUCAUUCCCUUUACACACCCGUUCAAGGUGUAGGCGUUACAACACAGUCUAUGUGUGAGGAGGUGCAGCCAAGGGAGAAGACAACGCUGCCUAUCUUUGGCCUUGCCUCAUACAAGUUGAGAGGUUCUGUAUGGACAAGCAUCAAGGACUCUGGGAACCAACUAGUGAACUCCCUUUUCCAAGCCGCAGAGAAUUGGCUGAGGUUGCAUCAAGUCAGCCAUCCUGAUUUCAUCUUCUUCAGCCGAUGAUGAUGAUAGGAUUAUUAUGACGAGAAAAGAUGUAGGAACUCAUAUAUACAUUACAUAUAUACGGAACUUACUUCAUGUAUUGGGUUUGAUCAUUCGAACUUUAUUGUGAAGCCUGCUCAAGUGGUGAUGUAUACAGAAAACUAAUUUUCUUUUUUAUUAUGUAAAACAUGUUUUUUUUUUUGCAAUAAAAAAGAAGCUAAUAGA